UCUGAUUUGUUGAGUACUUACCAUGGUUAUCUGCCUAUUAUUAAGGCUUUGUAUUAUAUAAGUGUAUAAACCAGUUGGAUUAUGCUUGGUAGGAUAUUUUAACAUUAUUGAUUACAAGGGCUGUCAGAUAAUUUAUAAGAAUUAUUAUAUUUUACACAUUGGCUACAAGUGUAUGUAGUUCUUAAUGUGAUUAUGUGUUCUACAUUCUUUCUCAUUUAACACAGGGACAAUGCCAAGGCAAAAAAGAGGAAAAUCGCCACCUAAAACUGCACAGCCCCCAAAACGUAAGAGGACUCCGAAUGCAGCAAAAAACGCACCUAGCACGGAACGUGUUGAAGCUACCCCACCUGCAGCCCACAACAUCAAUGGUGUUCAAGUGGACUACGUAAAAUUAGCUGCAGAGAUCAUCAAACAACAAAACGCUGCAUCUGAAAGUUGUGCACCUAUUCCAAAUUCAUCGUCCAUCUCAGCUCCGUCCACUUCGGCAUCUCCAUCUACCUUGGCUCCAUCCACUUCAAGUCCGUCCACUUUGACUCCAUCCACUUCAGCUCCAUCCACAUCAGGCCAAUCACUUGGGGCUUCAUCUUCAGCGACACAGCCUGCUGAUUUAUUGGCCUUAAUUGAUAAUGUUUUUAGUAGUAAAACAGGAGGCUGCCAACAUUGCCCCGAAUCUGUCUCCUAUACAAACAUUCAUUCCCUCCCAUUUACUAGAGAUCUGAGUGCACCUUCCCAACAGCUUCUCCAAGCCGCACUUUCAACAUCUUCCAGAAUGGCAUACUACAGAAGUUGGCAGCUCUUCCUCCAGUGGAAACCGUCAUACACCUCAUUACCAGUGACAGAAUUAGACUUGUGCAAUUUUAUUGGAUACCUCUUCUCAGCAAACUAUGCCCCAUCUUCAGUAUCUUCACAUGUCUCAGCAAUAGGCUACCUCCACAAAAUCUGCAGCGUACCAGAUCCAACUGAAAAAUUCCUUCCUAAGAAACUACUAAAAGGUUGCCAUGCACUUGCACCUCAGCAGGACACAAGACUACCAAUUACUACAGACAUCUUACGUAGAAUAAUAAAAGCUAUUGACAUUACUGAGCCACUCUUAUGUAAUAGACUACUACUCAAAGCGUUCUAUCUUCUGGCUUUUCAAGCUUUCUUAAGAAUUGGGGAAUUAGCUGCUCGUUCGCACAACUCUAAUCAAGUGGUACAGCGUUCUGAUGUUAACUUCAAAAUCUCAAAUGGCAUCUUGUCAGGAGUUACCAUUGUUAUGAAACAUUUCAAGAAUAACAUUGAGCAAAAACCAGUGACUUUGCAUCUUUCAAACAGCAGUUCCAUUACCUUCUGCCCUGUUCGGGCAUUGUAUGAUUAUACUACUCACUUUGCUCACACUUCAGGGCCUCUUUUUCAAUUUAUGAGUGGGGAAUCGGUCACACACCAUUUUAUAAGCCAACAGCUAUGCAAGGUAGUCUCAUUCAUCGGCCUCGACCCAAAACUGUACAAAGGGCACAGUUUUCGAAUCGGUGCAGCGACUCAUGCAGCAUCUCUGGGUUUCUCUGAGAACUAUAUACAGAAGUUGGGAAGAUGGCGCUCGAAUGCAGUUCGAAGAUACAUCCGCAUCUCUUCAUUUGAUAUAUAACCUUAAUCAUACUGAGAUGAGCUUUGGUCUGCUCGAUUUCUUUUAUGUGGAUGGUAGCAAACUUGUUUAGGUGUACAGCGGUUAGCUGCUCAUUAAAACCUGCAUUCCGUAUAUGUGUCAAGUUUUUCUGGGGAUGGUAGCAAACUCUUUCCUGAGUGCAGCGGUUAGCUGCUCAUUAAACCUACCUACUGUAUAUGUGUCAAGUUUUUUCUGUGUAUGGUAGCAAACUCUUUCCUGAGUGCAGCGGUUAGCUGCUCAUUAUGCCUGCUUACGAUAUAUGAAUCUAGUUUUUCGGUGGAUUAAUUCUUUUAGCCCUCCUUGUUUUGGUCCAGGUUAAGCGGUUGGUUCCCAGAACAUUUUUCACCAAUAGCACUCUGCUCACGAAAUUUUGCCCCAUUUAUUGGCAAUAUUAUAAAUUAUCAAAGCCUGCUUCAAACACUAGGGACCUGUACAGCGGAUAGCUGCUUGUUUCAGUUAUAUUACCUUUGGGAUACUUCAGAAAUUCAAAAAUAUACUAAAUAUUCUCACAUUAAUUUUGUUUUCCCUUGCUGGCUAAACUUAUUUCAUUUGAACAAUGCUCAGUGGUCAAUUAAUGUCUUUAUUGAUUCAGUAUUGACUGUAUGUUAUCUAUCACGAACACUUAUGGGGACAAUCAAUGUCUUUAUUGAUUUCAAUAUGGUUAUCUAUCAUGAACACUUGAAUACAUGUAGCCACAUAGUUGUACUUCAGGUUUCAGGUUGUUUAUACAAGUAAAUAAUGAUGUAAAUAAGUGCAUUUUACUGUCUUGUAUGCUUUACUUUGGAUAUUUUUUAUUUUAUUUUUUGUUAUUAUUUUUAUUAUUAUUAUUAUUAUUUUUU